AUUCGAUUCGUAUCCAUUGUGUAGAACACAUGUAAAGCCAAAAAAAAAUAAAAAAUAUUUCCUGAUAAAAUUUCAAAACCUCAAAAAAUUCCGGUUCCGAAAAAAAAUAAAAUAGAAAAAAUUGACUUGAAUUAUGCAACGUUCAUCGACCAGGCUCGUCGGCUGUGUGUGGAACCGGCCAUCCUUGACCCGGCUUCUGACAAACUCGACGUUCGUCAGGCGCCAGAUGGCCGAUUAUAGUUCCAAGAAGAACCAACCGAAAGAAGUCAGCUUUGUCAGCAAGGGCGACUCCUUUCAAAGCAGCCGACCUAAUUCGAGUGCGCAGCGCCAGAUUCUGCGCGAGGAUAACAUGUGGAAGGAUCCACAGCGAUUGGAUACAAAAUGGUUGCGUUCCCGGGAUCCCUGGUGCUUCAAGCCCGACUUUCGACAGACUGAGCCGCAGUCGCUGCGCAAACAGUUCAUGCGCAGUCCGGACGAGCGCGCCCGGGAUGCCAUGAACGGUGAUUGGGUUAGGGCCGUGCGCAACUCGGCCAAUAUCCAUCGUCAGACGUUCAUUGCCAAUCAAAAACGAGAUCAGGAAGAGGCCCAAAAUCAAGCUGACGCCAAAAUCAAUCGCGAACAGUCGGUCAAAAGUGUCAAACGUAAUUACUCAAGAAAAAAUAAGGACAAUUAAGAAUUUCUGUCAUUUUGGCGUAACCCAUUAAAUAUAAUUGCUAACUGAAGCCGGUCGGAAACCGCACUCAAACCUGUACCCUACAAUUAAAAUAGCCCAAAGAAACCAAA